GCGGGUACGGGCAACAUCGUCUUUACGCCGGCGACCGGCAGCCCCAUCUCCAUGGAUAUCACAAACGUCAACACCGGCACCUGCGCACCUGCGAAGCUGGGCAUCGUGCUGACCACCUUCACGGCCGAUUGGGCCUCCUGCGGUGCCUCGUCCCCUCUCUCCACGAGCAUGAACUG